AUGGCUAAACCCGAAAUUUCCAAGUUUCUGGCGCCAAUUUUGCUGAUUGCGUUGGCCUUCGCAAUCAUUGAAUCGGAUAUCUGCGUGUCGGCCGAAAGUAAUCUCAUGGGGGUGUAUGUUGAUGUGGCUGGUGACAGUUUGGAUGGCAUCGAAGAACGAUUUGAUUUUUCUCACGGAAAAGGAAAGGGGCACAUUGGUAGACGGCGCCCGGGAAAACUGCGUAAUAAACAUAAACAUAAACAUACCAAAUCCAGUUAUGGAGUCCCUAAAUCACAAUACGAGGCGUCCAAACCUUACUACCCACCAUCUAAGGCACAAAGCAAACCUCAUGCCAAAUAUCCUCCGAAGACCCAGUACAGUUUAGGUCCAGUUUAUAGUUACGUAGCUCCAGCUUACAAUACUCCAACCUACAGUCUACCUGUAUACAGCCAAUCUGCACACCUUCGUGCUUCAGCCUUGCGUCCGCAACCUUCACGUCCUCAAUCUCCACGUCGCCCUCAGGCUUCAGUUGUCCAUCGUCCGUCCCACCUUGCACCCCCUCAAUAUAAGAAUUCACCUCCAGUACAUCCCCAAUCAGCACUUCCAACGCGACCUAAAACUUCAUCCACGACACGCCCUAAGACGCCACCUCCGACACCACCCAAAAUUUCACCUGCGACAAGUCCCAAAACUUCACACCCGACCCGUCCUAAAACUUCACCUCCGACAAGUCCCAAAACUUCACCCCGCCCAUCUUCUCAUCGUCCCACAUAUCCUACAACUUCACUUUCCACAACAACCAGUCCUUCAACUACUACCAGUACCCGAGUUUAUAGUUCUCCGGCUCCUGUUAGUAGUACUACAGCUACUGCAACCUCUAGUCCGAUAGAUACCAGCACUUCUGCGUACAAUUCUUCCACUUCCGAUUCUUCCACUUCCAGUGCUCCGGAAUCUAGCUCUCCAAAGACCGAAUCCAGCCAACCGAAGAAAAAAUAUGCUCCACCCAAAAAAGAGAUGAUUAUUCCGCUUAAGUUAAAGAAUGAAGUCCCAAUCAAGCCAGCUUACACCCCAAAAAGCUCACCAAAGGGGAAUUCCACAUCUCCCGUAUCGAUAUCAAAGGAUAACGAAGGAUUUUUUAGUAGCCCGUCCGAAGGCUUUCCAAAUUUUUUCAAACAAUUAUUGCAAGGUUAA